UUUUACAGUGUAAAUUAAUGUAGAGAAAUGUCAAAUAGUGAAAUUUGAGAGCGUCCUUUCUGUAAACUCUGCAUUUAUAGCGCCCCAAAAAGGCUAAAAAUCAUGGAAAAGUCUUAUUCAAGAGGUCGUCCUGUGCAUCCAGAAUACCAUAAAUUGGGCUUCAGAAGAAUAAAAGUGGAUGGAAAGAGUUCAGUGGUGUGCGAACACUGCAAAUGCGUCCUGCAGAAUACGGCAACAAAACGGCUCCGGGGUCACCGAAAUGUGUGCCAGAUGACGCCAAAAACGGAAAAUGUUAAGCAGGAGGAUGCUCAUGAGAGAGAUGAGAUUCCCACGAAACCCGACUCGAAUCAAAGGUUUACUGUUUCCUAUGGGUCUUCAGACGAUUUCCCAGAAGCAGUGAGCCCUAAGGAAGAGGAUCCCCUGAAUUCGUAUAGUCGCACAAAUGUUUCCUCGUACAUUGAGCUGCAGCCGCCGAGUCCGGGAGUUGAGUAUGGCGCCUACUCAGAUGAUUCUGUCGAAGAAAGUGCACAGACCCCCGUUAAAAAUAUCCCCAAGCCCAUCCGGACACCUGUUCCAAGGAAACGCCUACGCCUUUCAGCAGAACCCGAAAAUGUAAUGGACAUGAUGAAGCAGAUGUUGGAGACAUUCUCGGGAAUGAUCCAGCAAAAAUCGCAGACGCAUACAGCAGAUUAUGCUGAUGAGGCUUUUUGCAAUUGGCUCCUAACGCAAUUCGCCUCAAUGUCGGCUCAGCGGAAGCUCAGGGUGCAGCACGAAAUCUCCAAUAUGAUGUUCAGGGCACAGACAGAAGAGUCAUCCGGUGUCGACAUAUGAGAUCACCAUUCCGGGAGUUAAUUUAGGCGCGUGUCCCGUUCUAAAGUGUCGUAUGUCGUAUAACUUCUUUUUAAAUUGUGUAAAAGUUAAUUGGCCACUAAUAAGUGCAAAAUAUGGAUUACUUUGAAAAUUUUUCUAGCUGAGUUUUAUUUUAUCUGUUAAUUUAAGGUUUGAUAGAACAAAUUUGAAAAAUAAAAGUCAAAUUGAUGAAAUAAAAAUAAAAUAAAAUUAAA